GCUUUCCUCUGUAUUUUCCGCCGCGUAGACUUCUCUACUCUCCAGCUCCGGCCAAGCCGUACAGGUAAUUCUAACAUUGUGAAAGAUGGGUCGUGUUCGUACCAAAACAGUGAAGAAGUCUUCACGUCAGGUGAUUGAGAAGUACUACUCACGGAUGACUCUGGACUUCCAUACCAACAAGAAGAUCUUAGAAGAAGUUGCAAUCAUUCCAUCGAAAAGACUACGCAACAAGAUUGCUGGAUUCUCCACUCACUUGAUGAAACGUAUCCAAAAGGGUCCAGUCCGUGGAAUCUCUCUAAAGCUACAAGAGGAAGAGCGUGAACGGCGAAUGGACUUUGUCCCCGACGAAUCAGCCAUUAAAACCGAUGAUGUUAAGGUGGACAAAGAGACUCUAGAGAUGCUUGCUUCUUUGGGAAUGUCUGAUACUCCUGGGAUUUCUCAAGUGGAGACACAACAAGCUAUGGCACCUGCUGUGUUUGGACGGCCGGCAAGAAGAUACUAAGGCUGAGUUUAUUGGGUUUGACUCAAAGACUUAGGAAACAAGAGUUUGAUUUAUUGGUGUAGUAAUGGAUUCAACAUGGUUUCCUUUGGUUCAAGAUUAAUGUCUGGAAUUUACAGUUCUUGCUUUGUUAUAACAUUUUUUUUGUCCAUUUGGAACUUAUGAUUUGGAGUUGCAAUCAAUUGAAAACCAAACA